AUGGCCUAAUUGACUCGUUUAAGUUCAAGUUUGAAAAUGGGAAUUGUGGGCAUGGCCAACGUUGGUAAGAGUUCUACAUUCAACAUGCUUAGUAAAUAAUCUGUGCCAGCUGAAAACUUCCCAUUUUGUACCAUUGAUCCAAAUUAAGCAGUAGUCAAAGUCCCUGAUCCCAGAUUUGAUUAUCUAUGUUAGAUCUUCAAACCCAAGUCAUAGGUCUUCUCUACACUAAGCAUCAUCGACAUUGCAGGUUUAGUGAAAGGAGCAUCUGAAGGAUAUGGAUUAGGAAAUGAAUUUUUGGCUCACAUUCAAGCUGUGGAUGGAUUGUAUUAAGUUGUGAGAGCAUUUGAGAAAGAGAAAAUUGUACAUACUGAAGGCACCAUGGAUCCAAUAAGAGAUUUAUAAAUUAUUUCAGAAGAAUUAAUGGCUAAGGAUUAUCAAUUUGUAUCAAAGAGAGUAGAUGAAUACAGCAAAAAAAUUAAAAAGUAUGAAGCUAAUAAAAAUGUUUCAGUUGAAGCUAGAGAUAUGGUAGAAUAAUAUAAAGUCUUGCAAAAAUGUGAUGAACUAUUAAAGAAGAAAUAAUGGGUUCGAUAUCAAAAAUGGACCGAUUUAGAAUAAAUACAAUUACGGAAAAUUUAAUUAUUAACUGCAAAGCCAUCUAUUUACUUAAUUAAUUUAUCCAAAGAGGAUCAUGAUGCCUAUGUAGCUAAGAAAUAAAAUAAGUAUGCAAAACCUAUUGAAUAAUGGGUAUCCAAAAAUAGUCCAGAUAGCAAAAUAGUCUAUUACUCCGUUGAAAAUCAGGAUUAAUAAUAAUUAUUAGAUCAAAUGAUUAUCGCGGGAUAUGAUUUAUUAAAUUUGAUUAGAUUUUUCACUGUUGGUUCAGAUGAAGUCAGAAGUUGGACUAUCAAGAAAAACAUUAAAGCUCCUCAAGCAGCUGCUGCCAUUCAUUCAGAUUUUGAAAAAGGAUUCGUUAAUGCAGAGGUUAUGUCGUUUGAUAAAUUUAAGAAGCUAGGAGAUAAUGCCUUGGAUAACUAUGAAAAGAAGUUUUCAAAAGAAGGAAAAGAUUAUAUUGUUAAAGACGGCGAUAUUAUACACUUUAAAACUAAAUCAUUUAAGUGA